AUGAGGUCUUUUCGUUCAUUCAGUAACGAUGACCGUCACGUCAUGGCGAAGCACUCGACCAUCUACCCGUCGUCUGCGGAGCUGGAGGCGGUGCAGGCGCUGGUGUCCACGGUGGAGUGCGCCCUGAAACACGUCUCUGACUCACUGGACCAGAGCAAGACGGAGGAUUGUAACCAAGUGGACAGCCAAUCAGCAGAGAACACACAGCCAGAGGAGGCAGAUCCAAGUGAGGAGCCAACAGAAGAGACAGAGGAACCUACAGAAGGCUACAGGGAGCCUGGCGGCGGCGGCGUGCUGUGUGGUGUGAUGAGGAUUGGCCUGGUGGCUAAAGGCCUGCUGAUCAAAGGAGACAUGGAGCUUGAGCUGGUGCUAAUGUGUCGAGACAAACCCACACCCACUCUGCUGGACUCAGUCUGUCACAGUUUACCUGCACAGAUCCAGAAGCUGACAGAAGAGAAAUAUGAGGUCACAAGCUGUUUGCCAGAGGCCGCCAUCUUGGUACAAACCACGACAGAUCACAAACUCAAUCUGAAGAUCACGCUCACCUCACCUGCCAUGAGAGACGACCUCGAUGAUGAAGAGCUCGAGGAGGAAGAGGAGGAGGUUGCAGAGGGGGAGGAAGAGGCAGUGAAAGAGGUAGAAGAGGAGGAGGAGUGUGCACAGGAGGAAGAGUUGGAGGAGCAAGACACAAGCAAUGGCCUAGUGUUUGGGGCUGCUGCGCUCAGAGUGGAGGCUGAGGAGGAGGAGGGGGAGGUGCUGGAUAGACACAGAUGUCUGCUGGCCCUGGCAGCGCUGCGACACGCCAAGUGGUUCCAGGCUCGAGUGAACGGACUCAAGUCCUGCAUUAUAGUUCUCAGGAUACUUAGGGACAUGUGCAAUAGACAUCCUACUUGGGAACCUCUCAAGGGAUGGCCCUUGGAGCUUAUUUGUGAGAAGGCCAUAGCGACCUGUAAUAGGCCUCUCGGGGCCGGGGAGGCACUGCGGAGAGUCAUGGAGUGCCUGGCCUCGGGCAUCCUGCUGCCAGGUGGCCCGGGCUUACACGACCCCUGCGAGAAGGAGCCGACAAACACCCUCACCCACAUGAGCGCCCAGCAGGCUGAGGCCAUCACCUACAGCGCACAGCAUGCUCUCAGGUUAAUGGCUUUUGGGCAGAUCCACAAAGUUCUGGUGAUGGAUCCUCUUCCAAACAACAAGCCCUUACAGAAGUUUCCCUGGUCAGAUAAAGAAGGCUUAGGGCUGAAGAGGCCCUUUGAGGACGGCAUGAUGGAUGACAAGGACCUCAUCAAGAAGAUGAAGAGAAAUCUGCGAAAAGUCCUGGACAGCAAAGCCAUAGACUCCAACCAGCCAAUGAACGCCCUGAUGCGCUUGAACCAGAUCCGGCCGGGGCUGCAGUACCGCCUGCUGUCCCAGUCGGGUCCGGUUCACGCUCCGGUCUUCACUAUGUCUGUGGACCUCGACGGAACCAUCUACGAGGCAUCAGGCUCGUCCAAGAAGACCGCCAAGCUCCAUGUGGCUGUUAAAGUUCUUCAAGCAAUGGGAUAUCCCACAGGGUUUGACUCGGACCUCGACCCCUUGAGCUCAGAUGAGAAAUCUGAUGGAGAGGGGAAGAGCGAGACAUCCACACAUUUAAGCAAUAACCCCGCUCACUCCUCAGACAGUUCCAACACACUCGAGGUGAGAACUCAGGGUCCCAUACUGACGGCAAGUGGGAAGAAUCCGGUCAUGGAGCUGAACGAGAAGCGGCGAGGGCUGAAGUAUGAGCUGAUCUCAGAGAGUGGAGGCAGCCACGACAAACGCUUUGUGAUGGAGGUGGAGGUAGAUGGACAGAAGUUCCGUGGGGCUGGCCCCAACAAAAAGGUAGCAAAGGCCAGUGCUGCUCUAGCAGCUCUGGAAAAACUGUUCUCUGGUCCCAAUGCAGCAGCAAACAAGAAGAAAAAAAUACUUCCUCAGGGUAUUUAUUCCCAGACGAAGAGUGCGUUGGCAGCAGCAGCAGCAGCCUCCGCGGUGGCAGCGCAGGUCGCCAGAGGACGCGGCAGAGCUGCCUUGGCCAGAGGAGCUUUUGUUAGCGCUGCUGCUCCGGGCUACGUCACACCAGGUUUUGGAACUCCAUACGGAUACAGCCCUGCAGCCGCUGCUCCUGCCUAUGGUUUGCCCAAGAGAAUGCUUCUGUUGCCUGUCAUGAAAGUACCCGCCUACCCCGUCCCCCACUACCACUUCUUUUAG